AUGUCAGCACUUUUGUCUCGGUGCGGCGAGUCGACAAGACAUGACUAUACGAGCGUCUAUGGGUUUGAUAAGUACCCAAAAAGACGUAGUAUCCUCAAAGAGUUUCCCCAGGUUGCCCAAAUCAUUCUUCAACAUCUGGCACAAAGAAGGAAAGAAUUGGAACAACUGGCAGUUUCAAACCUUCCUGCUUCUCAGUUACAAGACCUUGGUCUAUGUAGAGGUUGGAUCUUGGAUCGAAAUGCUUUCAAGGUACAACGCUGUCUUACAGCUCAAUCCUAUAGUGUACCAAAUUACUUGAAAGUGCACUGUGGCAAACAGCCGGCAGUGUCGAGGGAGACGCCAAAGUCCGUUUACGCUUAUAUACUUGACAGAGAGAGCGCUGAGUAUGCCUUUUUAUUAGGCUUUGACAGGGAGACUGCUUUUAUCGAUGUUUUUCGCCGCGUAACGAGGAACGUCAUCCAAAGGGGCUCCCUGGGUUGGCCGUCUCCCUGGUACAUCGACUGGAUACUCGAAUGUGGCGCAGACCUUACAUCGACUAUACCAGUGGAUUUCGUGCCUGGGGUCGUUGAUGGAGCCACAUGGGCUCAUUAUCUCAUGUCAGUUCUGGGCUACAAGGCAAGAAUCUGGCCUUAUAGACUUUACGACAAUGCUUUGCCGCAGUCGGUUGCAGAUGCCGCCUUUUCCGAGGUCCUAGGCGAUGAUUGUCGAUGCCACUGCUCCUCACAGGGCUGCACGCCUCUCAUCAAGUUUUUGGAAGGCCUUGGGUGUCGCCGUCGCUUCCCUCGAACCUGGUUUACUCUGACAGAAGCUAUCAGGUCCUUUGUGGCUAGCAUCCAAGCUCUAGUUGCCGGAGAACACACUGCACAGAGCUGGAUGCCUCGUGCUGUCCUGCGCUACGCGACAUUCAGUGCAUUGGGACUCCGUCAUACUUGUUGUAAACAUGCGCAUGGCGGGUUAUGCUCUAUUAUGGAUUCUGACGAGAUCGAUGAGAUACAUGAGGAGGAUUCUGCCACGCUACAACAGCUAGAAGACCUUGUUACAUACUUCGGGGAUGGCUAUGGAAGCAUGACCACGCUAGAUGCAUUCUUAAAGGAGGUGUGGCUCCCAAAGAUGCGAGAGGUGUAUAGGGAGAUGGCUUCCUAUAAAAUUACGAAAGAGGAGCUCAGGAAGGCAGAAGAUUGCGGCGUGAAGCUUGCCAUUGCUGAUAGCAAACCAGUCCUCCGGUGUGAGCCACCUAAAGGUUCAUACUGGAGGAUAAAAGUGGAUGUUGACGAGCCUGAGGGUUUUCCUGAGAUUGCACCAAUCGGUUUGGAUGGGUGGAUGGGACGAUUAGACGAGAUCGCGAUAGAUCCAGACCGGCCUGUUGUCACUCCUGUGUCCUCGAGCACUAUUGCCAUGGACCAGAACGGUGUCUAG